CCUGAUGGCGGCCCCGGCGGCGCGGGGGGAGGCCCGGCGGGCGAGCGACUCCCCCGCCGAGACUGCCCAGCGCGGCUGAUGGUGAUGUGACAAUUGUAGCCAAGCUCAUCUCUACCCAAGGGACAUUCUCCCCUGAGGAGCAAUCCCUUUUCGCUGGACAUGCUUACAGAACUGCGUAGCCAUGGACCUCAAGGAGAAGUGUCAGGAUGAGAUGACCUCAAGUUUGGGUCUUACCACAAAGAAAGCCCUCACAAUCCUGAGAGACCAGUUGUCAGCACUGCUGGAAGGGCAUCAGAAGGAACGGAAAAAAGUCACUUCAUGGAAGGAGGUGUGGAAGAGCAGCUUUCUGUACCAUGGUAACCGUUGCUCCUGUUUCCACUGGCCUGGUGCAUCUCUGAUGCUUCUGGCAGUGCUGUUGCUGCUGUGCUGCUAUGGGAGCCAGCCACAGGGGAGCCAAGGUGCUGAGAUAGUUAAUGCAUUGGCCCUCUUCCUCCUUCUCCUCUUGGAUCUCCUCACCAUCGGGCGUCAAGAGAGGCUGAAAUGCAGAGAGGUGGAAAGGAGACUUCAGACAAUCAUUGAUAAGAUUAAUGAUACACUUGGGAAAGAGGUGAAAUGGCCAGACUCCAUGUACCCUGACCUUCACAUGCCUUAUGCUCCAUCCUGGUCCCUUCACUGGGCCUACAGGGAUGGUCAUCUUGUCAACCUGCCUGUGAGCCUGUUAGUAGAAGGAGAUGUCAUUGCUCUGAGGCCAGGCCAGGAGUCAUUUGCUUCUCUGAGAGGAAUUAAGGAUGAUGAGCACAUAGUUCUGGAACCAGGAGAUCUGUUUCCACCUUUCUCACCUCCACCUUCCCCAAGGGGAGAAGUGAAGAAGGGACCUCAGAACCCUCAGCUGUAUCGUCUCUUCCGUGUCUUGAAGACCCCAAUAAUUGAUAAUGUCAGGUGGUGUCUGGAAAUGGCUUUGUCACGUCCUGUGACAGCCCUGGAUAAUGAGAGAUUCACUGUACAGUCAGUGAUGCUGAAAUACGCUGUCCCUGUUGUACUGGCUGGCUUCCUGAUCACCAAUGCUGUGCGCUUCAUUUUCAAAGCUCCUGGCAUUGCUUCUUGGCAGUACACUCUUCUUCAGCUACAGGUGAAUGGUGUCCUACCCAUCCUUCCAUUGCUCUUUCCUGUCCUAUGGGUUCUUGCUACAGCCUUUGGAGAAGCCAGAGUCUUGGCCCAGAUGAGCAAGGCCUCAUCCACCUCACUGCUUGCUAAAUUUUCAGAGGACACUCUCAGCAGCUACACAGAGAUGGUAUCUUCUCAGGAAAUGAUACGCUGUAUCUGGAGCCACUUCCUCUGUGUUUUAAAGGGCAAAUCCCCAACUCUGAGCUUCACCUCCAGCUUGCUCCAUAGUCUGGGAUCUGUCACUGUGCUCUGCUGUGUAGACAAGCAGGGAAUUCUUUCCUGGCCAAACCCCAGCCCAGAGACUGUUCUAUUCUUCAGUGGGAAGGUGGAACCACCUCAUGAUAGCCAUGAAGAUCUGACUGAUGAGCUCUCUACACGUUCCUUCUGCCAUCCUGAGAUGGAAGAUGAGCCCCAUGAAAGAGAUGCUUUGCUCUCUGGCUCCCUGGCAGACACGGUCCAUGUGGCCAAUGAGCAAGAGAGGAAUAAUUGGUCCAGUGACCCUCCAAAGGCUCCUGAUGCCCAUGCCCACCGAAAGCCAAACAGCAGAAGCAAGCAUCCCUCUGGGUCCAAUGUGAGUUUUAGCAAGGACACAGAGGGUGGAGAGGAGGAACAUACUCAGAUCCUUGGUGACAGUGAGGUGUUGGCUUGUGAGGCUGAAGACUUUGUGUGUGACUACCACCUUGAGAUGCUUAGCCUGUCCCAAGACCAGCAGAACCCCUCCUGCAUCCAGUUUGAUGACUCCAACUGGCACAUGCACUUGAAUUCCCUCAAGCCUCUGGGCCUGAAUGUACUGCUCAACCUCUGCAACGCCAGUGUGACAGAACGUCUGUGCCGUUUCUCUGACCAUCUCUGCAACAUCGCCCUCCAGGAAACUCACAACGCUGUGCUGCCUGUCCAUGUGCCCUGGGGCCUCUGCGAGCUUGCCAGGCUAAUAGGUUUCACACCAGGUGCUAAAGACCUUUUCAAGCAGGAGAACUAUUUGGCCUUAUACCGCUUGCCAAGUGAUGAGAUGGUUAAGGAAACAAUCCUAGGGAAGCUUUCAUCCAUCACCAAGAGGAGACCACCCCUGAGCCACAUGAUUAACCUUUUUGUGAAGGACACCACUACCAGCACUGAGCAGAUGUUUUCUCAUGGGACAGCUGACAUCAUCCUGGAGGCCUGCACAGACUUCUGGGAUGGUACUGAUAUCUACCCCCUCUCUGGCUCUGACAGGAAGAAGGUGUUAGAUUUCUACCAGAGAGCCUGUCUCUCAGGAUACUGCUCUGCCUUUGCAUACAAGCCAAUGCAUUGUGCCUUGUCAUCCCAGCUCAAUGGCAAGUGCAUAGAACUGGUGCAGGUCCCUGGACAGAGUGCUAUCUUCACGUGCUGUGAUCUCCCUGGGACAACCCCCAUCAAACAGAGCAGUCGGAGGAAUAGCUGGAGCUCAGAUGAAGGGAUUGGGGAAGUGAUGGAGAAGGAAGACUGUAUCCAGGCUCUGAGUGGACAGAUCUUCAUGGGAAUGGUCUCAUCUCAGUAUCAGGCCCGUCUUGACAUUGUCCGCCUCAUUGAUGGAUUGGUCAAUGCCUGCAUUCGUUUUGUCUACUUCUCCUUGGAGGAUGAGCUCAAAAGCAAGGUGUUUGCUGAGAAGAUGGGUCUGGAGACUGGCUGGAAUUGCCACAUAUCUUUAACACCUAAUGGUGAUGUGCCUGGCUCAGAGAUCCCUCCCUCUAGCCCCAGUCAUGCUGGCUCUCUGCAUGAUGACCUACAUCAGGUUUCUCGAGAUGAUGUGGAGGGGCUUCUGCUGAUGGAAGAGGAAGGGCACUCAGAUCUGAUCAGCUUUCAGCCAACAGACAGCGAUAUCCCCAGCUUCCUGGAGGACUGUAACAGGGCCAAACUCCCACGGGGGAUCCACCAGGUGAGACCUCACCUGCAGAACAUAGACAACGUGCCUUUGCUGGUGCCCCUCUUCACAGACUGCACCCCAGAGACCAUGUGUGAGAUGAUCAAGAUCAUGCAGGAGUAUGGGGAGGUGACUUGCUGUCUGGGAAGCUCUGCCAACCUUCGGAACAGCUGCCUCUUUCUGCAAAGUGACAUCAGUAUAGCACUGGACCCUCUCUACCCAUCUCGCUGCUCUUGGGAGACCUUUGGCUAUGCCACCAGCACCACCAUGACUCAUGUCUCUGAUGAGCUCACCCCGCUGCAGCUCUCAGGGCAACUCAACAGCCUGCCUUGCUCCAUGUCCUUCCGCCAAGAGGAGAGUACCAGCAUCAUCAGGCUCAUAGAGCAGGCCAGGCACGCAACCUACGGGAUCCGCAAGUGUUUCCUCUUCCUGCUGCAGUGCCAGCUGACCUUGGUUGUCAUUCAGUUCCUCUCCUGCCUGGUGCAGCUGCCCCCCAUCCUCAGUACCACGGACAUUGUGUGGCUCUCCUGUUUCUGCUACCCCCUGCUCAGCAUCUCACUCCUGGGCAAACCUCCCCACAGCUCCAUCAUGACCAUGGCAACAGGAAAAAACUUGACUUCCAUUCCUAAGAAGACUCAGCACUACUUCCUGUUCUGCUUCCUCCUGAAAUUCAGCCUGACCAUCUGCUCCUGCCUCAUCUGCUUUGGGUUCACACUGCAUGAGUCCUGCAAAGGGGUGAACACUACCAGCCUCAAUCUCACAGCCUGCUCCUCCAUCAUGCUGCACAGCAAUGCUGAUGGUGCUCCUGACUGGUUUGGGACAUUUUCCAAUGCUCUUCUUGUAGCCCAGAAGCUCACAGCUGGCCUGAUUGUUUUACAUACAGUGUUCAUAUCCAUCACCCACGUGCAUCGCACGAAGCCGUUGUGGAAGAAGAGCCCCUUGUCCAACCGGUGGUGGACACUCACUGUGGCCCUUGUAUUGUUGGGGCAAGUGGCACAGACUGUGCUGGACCUGAAACUCUGGGAAAACCUCAGUUCUUCAUUGACCUUUAACCACGUUUCCAUCUCCCCGGUCUCUUGGCUCCUGGGUUUUCUUUCCUUGGUCCUGGUGGUUAUCAUCAAUGAGAUUGUCAAGCUGCAUGAAAUCAGGGUCCGUGUCCGUUACCAAAAGAGGCAGAAAUUGCAGUUUGAAACCAAGCUGGGGAUGAAUUCGCCCUUUUAAACACUCCCAGCCUGAGUUCCCUGGAGCCAGGGCCACACAGCCACAUCCUGCACUGGCAGAGUGGCUGCACCGAAGGCUUGGAGUUUCCCCUCACACAUGCAAACCAGUCAGCCUCCUUGCAAAACGACAUGGGGGCCCCCAGGCAGGGCACUGGUGGGGUCCCCCAGCAGGUAUGCAGCCCCUCCCCAGCCUGCUUGGGUCACUCUCAAGGGAGCCUGCAAGAUCUGGUGGCUGUUGAAGCUGCUCUUCCUUUAUUUAUUUAUUACUAGAGGUUUUUGUUGGUAUCAUGGUGAUGCUGAAAUGAAGUGACUCUCCCACUGUGAGCAGGUGGGUUUCCUGAACCUGUCAGGAGAAGCUGGGCUCAGCAGGGCAGACAUAGGGCUGCUGAAGCAAGAGAUCUCUUUUGAAACCCAUUUUGGUUUUCCAUCUCUGCACCUCUCCCGGCUGAGGGGUGUGUUCGUGCCCUCUCUGUGUGCCUGUGUCCUGGCACAAAGGAGCCAUCUCUCUUGCAAGCUGGUGGGUGUCAGGUGAGGCCUGGAGCUGGCAUUCCCGAGGGACAGGGGAAGGAAGGGUGUGUGGCAGGGUUUGGGUGAGCCCUGGCUGGGCCAGGCCUGCCCUCUAGUGUUGUUGCUGCAGCCAUGUGCCGGCUGGUGUGUGCUGCAAGAGAAGAGGGAUGAGACAGGGCUUUAAGAAAAGCUGUUUGCAUUUGUCCCUAGUGAUGUGGUGCAGAGGGAGGCGGGAGGGCAGCUCUGCCUGCCUGCAGGGGGUCAGUAUGGCUCAGCUUCCUCCAGCCCUGUUGAACCAGCUCUUAUCUGCUUUAACAACCCCCAAAGAGGUUUAGAACUGUCCUCCUUUUUGAGAUUCAGAUUGCUGUUCUGCUUCAGUAAAAUGCCUGCUUGAGAGAGCCAUAGCUAGAGCUAACACCUGAGCCCUGCCUCUCCUGCUGUGGAGGUAGGGGGUAUCUUUCCAGGUGAGAUAUCUGCAUCUUGCAGUUGUGACUAACAGGGAGCUGGGUGGAUGUCUCCUUCCCCAGCCCUGGCAUGGUGCUGCAUCCUCUACCUGCUCUCCAAGGCACAUGGAAACCCCCCUCAUCAUGGAAGUCUCCACACUGCUGCCCUCACCUCUGUUCCUUUUUAUUUUCUGGUGGUCUCUUCUUCAUCUAACUAGGGCAAACCUUCCCUGAGGGCUGCUGCAAACCAGGAUUUGCCCCAAAGCACCACUUGUGCUCUUGAGCUCCCAGCAGACCCCAGCUGUACUGGGAGCACUGGUGUCACUGUGGGCUGACAGUCAAGUGCCACACAGGAGCACAUGGGCUUGGCUACUAGAGUAUUGGUGACUCUCUAGUUCUAAGAACUGUCUACAAAAGCUGCUGAAUCCUGGCACUGGUUUUGCUCCCAGCAGUAACACUACAACACACACUGUUGCUUCCCCUUUGGUACUCGAGAGUAAGGGCUGUGGGUCCUUCCCUGGCAGGCAGGGAGCUGCCUGGGCCCCCCAAGCUCUGCCCUGCUGCUCCACAGUGUCUUCCUUACAUUUCAGCACAGCCAGAAGCACGCACACUACUACCACAUGUCUCUAAGCAAUACCUUUACCUGCUGUGGGUCUGGUAGGAGAGCAAGGCAAGGCUCCAGGCAGUCUCUGAGCUCUGUGGUGGGUGCUGGGGGAGUUCUGAGGCCUGGGCCCUGUUCCUACAGCUGGAGGAGGGAUGGUUUUCCAUGCUGCUGGGGAUGGGGAGCCUGGGGAGGCACAGGGCUGCUCUCCUGCAACACAGCAGCAGCAGCCCACAGCUCUGCUCACCAGUGCCAGUGAGGCUGAACGCUGCCUUCGCUCUCUGGGGCUCACAGAGCUGCCUGGCUCAGCGAGAACACGCUGCAUCUCUCACUCUCAGUUCACUACCUGCAGCUCCAGCUCCCAGGCACCUGUGAAAUCAGCUUUUCUUUCUGAGGCUGGGGUGGGCUGGCAGGUGGAAUAGGAGCAGCCCAGCUGAGCUGGAGUCUGGCGCAGCACCACACUGCUCGCUGCCAUUCCUGCAGAGCAACUUCCCCCCCAAAAACCUGAGCACUUGGCCUGUGCCACUACCUGAUGUAGGUGAUAAAAGGCAGCAGAUCCUGGGGCUUCCUGCUGGCCACACCUUCCUCUAGAGGAGGCCCCUCAGAGGGCUCUUUCUCUAGGUGAUCACAAAUGUUUCUUUUCCUGCACCUUCCUUCCCCUGAGCGACUUGGAGGGAGCUGAGGUGUACUGGUGGAGCCUUUGGGGUGCCCCCACCCCUGCCACCAUUCCCUCAGCCACUGAGGUGCCCCAGGCUCAGGCUGCAGCAGGCAGUUUCCUACAUCAAGCUGUUUUUAAAUGGUGUAUAUUUUAUAUUCAAGUUUUUUGGGAUGUAUGUAAAAAAAACAGAUUUGAUUUGUAUUAAAACUUGUAAAUUGUAUAAAAACCAAGAAACAAACCCAGACCCACACACAUGCAGUGUAUGAAGGGCAAUAAAUGAUUGUCUUGGAUAACACACCCAGUGAGAAGUUGCACCCAGCAAAGCGAGGAGGUGACUGUGUGUGGCUGCUCGUGUCACAGGCUGAGUGACCCAGCUCACCUGUUGUAGGGACACAGAGCUUGAUGCUCCUGAGA